GCGUGGGGUCUGGCCGCGUGUGCCUGCAGGGAAGGUUACCCGGACACGUGCUGGGCGGCUUCACUGGAGUGUGAACGGCGGGUCGGUGUUUGCAUUCAUUACAAACCCGUUAAAAACUGGCUGGCUCAGCCCUGGGCAGGACCAGGCUCAACGUGCAGCUGCUCCUCAGCCCCUGGCAGCCUCCGGAGAAAGAAGCCACUGCUUGCCUUACCCUGGAGGUGUGCUCAGCGGGCAGCCGCCGCAGGUAAACGGGCUUCCCGGCAUCUCUCCUCCCCUCCCUCUCCCACCCGGCAUCCAUGGCCGAGGAGAAGACUUUUCGUUACGGGUUCAUCAUGCUGGGCUUCUUCCUGGUGAUGACGGGGAUGUUCAUCAUGAGCGUGGAAAAGCCUCAGAUCUACAUCACUUUCUGUGCUCUGGGCGUCCUGCUCGUAGCCGUGGGCAUCACCUGGAGCAUGUGCCAGUGCUACCCGAAGAUAACGUUCAUCCCCGUGGACCUCCAGAUCGAGCAGUUCCUGGACCACAAACGCACCGUGCUGCCGGAGAGGGACACCCGCAUAAUUGCACCCUGCCUCAACCAAGAGGCCACCGGCACCUACAAGAAAAGCCUGCUGUCCUCCGAGCAGAUCCAGAGGCAGGCGGUGGGCUCGGACCCACUCCCACCCAUGACCCAGCCCAGACCCCGCAGCUACUCCCAGCCGGCCAUGCAGGCGAAAGCAGAGGUCCACCGAGAGCUGGGGAGUGCUGGAGAACCCCCCCAAGACCCGGCGCCUCGGCUGGAAACGGCGCCCGGCAGCUGCCCCCCCCGGCCGGCCCCGGGGGUCGCUCCGCUGGCAUCCCUCCUGGAGGACAUGGACACGCCAUCGCUGGAGGGCUCCGUGCCCGGCAGCCCCGUGCCACGGGGCCGACACCCCCCGCCAUCCGCCGCCCGCGCCGGCUGCACCCCGACCAGCUCCCCGGCGGGGGCACAGCGCCCCGAUUCCCCCCCCAAAAGCGCUGGGGAGGAGGAUGACCUCUAUUACGGGCUCCAAGAGGGGCCGGACGCCCUGCUCGAGGAGAGCGACCGCCUUUUUGAGCCUGAAAACUGAUUUCCCGGGAGAGAAUGGCCGCUUGGCACGGACUCAUCUCGUGGAGGGGGACGCAAACGUUGCGGCCUGAAAGAAAGGGGAUGGGGCUGCGCCCCUCGCGCUCACCCAGCCGCAUGGGAGGCUGCCAACCCCCAAAACCUGAGGGGAGCACUGCCACCUCCCGAAUUUCCGCAGCGAGGGGACAACGCCCCCGUCACCGGAGCCCUUUGGGUGAGCGCAGAUAAGUGCAAAUGCUGGGCUGGGCAGGAUCCGGGCUAAAUAAAAUGCUUAGGA